AUGCAGGAUGUCGUGGUGCUGCACGCCAAGACAUUGAAUGUACAAUGCAUCUCAUGCCGCGAUUUGCUUUCGCGCGGUCCGGAGCUUGCGGAGCACUUGGGCUACCAAUCUGUAGGCAUAAGGAAAGGUUCGCAUGCUGCUACGGGGCAGAGCAUGGAGGCGCAGGCUCACGGGGGAGGCGUUCCCUCGAUGAUGCGCGGAGGGGUGACGGCGUCCCUGCAGUCGAUCGGGGCCUCCGGCAUCAUCAAGCCUGAGGCCAAACGUGCAAUCGCUGCUGCUUUGCAGAGGGCCAGACUGAUUUCUGACAGAGAUUAUCUGGCUGCUAUAACAGGGCGGCCACAGAUGGUUGUCGUCUCCGUACCAAGCUACUUUUCAUCUCCACAGCCAGAUAUUCCGCUUCUAAUGAACGACUACAGGGAGAAUGGCCACAAUCACAGGAUGGCCGAGCAGAUGCUCCAAGAGACACACCUGAGACAUGGCCCACAGCUGUGCCGGUGCCAUUGUCGCGAACACGACGGAUGUUGCCGAAUGGAGGUGGAAAAGGUUCAGCGGAUUGAGAACACAGCCCUUUUUGAGCGGUUCAGAGUCUAUGAGGCAGCAGUCGCCGAGGACCUCAGACAGCGACCGGGUAACGACGAUGAGGUGCUAGUGCGAGGUAUUCAUCCGUGGCUUCAGCGCCUCGGAGGUAGAAACGGCUUGUGCAAAGCUGCCAACACAGUGUAUCUGUUGCACGGCACAAGGCAGCACAAUCUGGAUUUUGUGCUGAAGCAUGGGCUACGUACCAAGUUCUCCUUGCACAAGACGCCAGAUGGUCUUUACGGAAGGGGCUUGUACUUCGCCAACAACAGCUGCAAAGCCUUUCAAUAG